UCAGUCCUUGCUACUUUGAAUCAACAUUUUAGGGGGAAAUUAUAGGGAUUCUGGAUUUUCAUGUAGUUUAGACCAAAUCCUUGGUGGACUUAGGUUAAGGGUGUUUAGGAAAAGCAGAAGAGUCAGGAGAGGAAAGAUGAAUAGGAGCCAAAGCCAUACUUCACGUUAUUUAGAAUGAAAAAGUAUUUAUAAAAAGAAUCAUGAUUUGGACCAAGAAGGAUGUGAUAUAAAAUAGGGUUAAGAAGGCUCCACAGAAAGUAUACCAACCACUGAAUCAACAGAGCUAUACUAUAUUUGAGAAUGAUGAUCCAACGAAAAACUACCAUUUGGGUAAAUGCUGGUAUAAUUCUUCAGGUAUCAAAACUGAUGCCACGCUUCAACAGAUGUAUAAGGAUGAGAAUACAAACUAUACCAAAAACCCUACUCCUAAUAAGCUAUUCCGGAUCCAUAGAAGGUCUAAGAGCACAAUUCCCAAAACAGCGGCAGAUAAUUCAAAGGCAAGAAUGUUAGAAACCAAGAAGGAAAUCAGGAGGUCUCGCUUCAACAUCUUUCUUAAAAGAUUUGAUAAUUCCUUGAGCAAAUACUACAAGAGAAUUAAGUUAAAAUAAAAAUGAGAGCAGCCAAGGAUGGGAAAGCCCUUUCAUGUCUUAUAAGAGCUGCCAGAAGCAUCAGAGAUCUUAUCUUGGCAAGAACAAGAGUAAAUAAUAUUGAAAGAACUCAGGAAAAGAUCGAUAACAAUAACUCCAUUGCUCCUGGGUAUAUUCAAAGAAGGAAUUUUAGCCGUUUUAAGGAGAGAAUAUGCAGACCGUAUUAUAAAGGCGGAAGAAUAAACAUCCCAGUCUUACAAAAGCAAAUAGAAGCUAGUAUAAAAGAUAAUAGUCUGAAGCUUGCAGAUCUCAAUUCUAUUCAAAGUCCUAACCCAAAAUUCUUUAAUGAAAAGAUUGAUGAGGCUAAUAGCAUUUCACGCUUAUACCAGAUUCGACCAUGCAUUUGGCCAGGGAAAGACGUUUAUUAAGACAAGUGUGCCAUUUUAGUAAUAGUAAGCAUAUUAAUUACUAUAUCUUUCCC